GGGGGGGGGUCAUAUUCUCUCAGAUCUUAUCCUCGCCAUGAUUCUGUGAAGCAUGCAGAGAAGGGGAUGGGAUCCCUCAUUGACUGAUGGGACGCUGAAGAGAAGAAAGCUGUGCAUCCAUUGGGAAUCCCGGGACCGUUUCCGGCUGGAUCUGGGACUAGCCAGGCCUUCUGGUUAUUCUCCUCUGUCUCCCCUUACAGGGAGGCCGGUGAAGGGACUCAGCGCUGCUCCCUCCUGCCUGUGCUGGGAUUGUUGGACUUCUCCAGUCACAGUCCAGGGGGAUUUACAAGUUUUAUCCUGACUCAGACCUGAGAUCCUGGAGCAGUUUGCCAUGUCCUUCUCCAGCUCGUUUGACAGAUGAGAAAAUGGAGGCCAACAAGUUUAAGUGACUGGCCCAGGGUUACCCAGCAAUUCAUAGCUCUGUUACUGCUGGGUAGUGUAGCCCUAUCUUGUCUGGCUCUGGAUCUCCUCUUCCUUCUCUUCUACUCCUUCUGGCUGUGUUGCCGCCAUCGAAAAAGUGAGGAACAUCUGGAUGCCGAUUGCUGUUGUACAGCCUGGUGUGUCAUCAUCGCUACUCUGGUCUGCAGUGCUGGCAUCGCUGUGGGAUUCUAUGGCAAUGGGGAGACCAGCGAUGGCAUUCACCGGGUCACAUACUCACUUCGCCAUGCGAACCGCACUGUGGCUGGAGUCCAGGACCGGGUGACAGACACCACAAUGGCCCUCAAUCAGACAGUGGAGACCAGCCUUCAGACCCUGGAGAAACUCUACACUAAACAUACUGAUUACCUGCACAUUGUCCAGAAACUCCAGGGCCUUCUGUAUGACUUGGUUCGGCAAACCUCUGAGAUCCCCUUCUGGAAGAAUAGUGCAGUAUCACUGGAAGAGUUGGCGGUCCAGGUUGACCUCUAUGAUUGGUACAGAUGGCUGGGGUAUCUGGGCCUCCUCCUUUUUGAUGUCUUGAUCUGUUUGCUUGUGCUCUUCGGACUCAUCCGGAACUCCAAGGCCAUCCUAGUAGGGGUGUGUUUGCUGGGUGUGCUAGCCUUGGUCAUCAGCUGGGGAUCCCUGGGGCUGGAGCUGGCUGUCUCUGUGGGUUCCAGUGACUUCUGUGUGGACCCUGACACCUACGUGACCAAGAUGGUAGAUGAUCACUCAGUGCUUGGUGCAGAGAUCCUUCACUAUUACCUGGAUUGUUCUGCUGGAUACAUAAAUCCCUUUCAGCAGAAGCUGUCUGGGAGUCACAAAGCCCUGGUGGAAAUGCAGGAUGAUGUUUUGGAGCUCUUGAGGUCUGCCCUUAGAGAAUAUCCCACCUCCAAGGAUUACCUGAUACGCAUCCAGGAAGUUCUGAAUUCCACUGAGAUCAAUCUACAGCAUCUGACCGCCCUGGUGGAUUGCCGUAGCCUGCAUCUGGAUUAUGUCCAGGCUCUGACUGGCUUCUGCUAUGAUGGAGUAGAGGGUCUCAUCUACCUGGUGCUUUUUUCUUUCGUCACAGCCCUCAUGUUCAGCUCUAUCGUGUGCAGUGUUCCUCAUACCUGGCAGCAGAAAAGGGCUACCGAUGACGACGGUGAGGAAGAGUCUGCGGCUCCAGGAACCAGGCAGACCCAUGACAACCUCUAUCGAGUACACAUGCCCAGUCUGUACAGCUGUGGGAGCAGCUAUGGCAGUGAGACCAGCAUCCCUGCGGCAGCACACACAGUCAGCAAUGCCCCUGUCACAGAGUACAUGAGCCAGAAUGCGAAUUUCCAGAACCCUCGAUGUGAGAACACCCCUCUGAUUGGCCGAGAAUCCCCACCGCCUUCACUAUAUCUGGCUGCCUUGGACAAUAGUAGCCAUACGAGCUGGCAGUUUAAGCCCUCGGACAGUUCAAGGACGUACUGGUAACAGCAGCGCCCUCAAAUGGAACAGGUACUGAAAUAAGGUCCUUCUCGCUCCACCUCCCCCCUCCGACCCUGCACUGUCCCCCUCCUCCUCCUCUUCCUUUUCCCCUUUCUGGCCAAAGCCUUUUCUUUUCAUCCUUGCACCUUCCUUCUCCACACCCUUCCCAACAAGGGCUCAGCCAGUGAUUGGCUAAGGAGGCAGCAUCUAGCUGUGGGUCCCAGGUCCCAGCUCCCCACCAGCCCCUGGGCUUUCAGAGCACCUAAUCAUGCCCCCUUAACCCACUCACGCCACGCCCAGAGCUCAGGAACUGCUGCUCUUGUCCUUACUGUGAGAAAAACGUCCCCUUUCCCUCUAAGGACGCACCAAACAUCAUCUUUAAAAUCAGAUGGAGCCUGACUUCUUGCCUGGCCCUAUCAGCCCAGGUGGCCCCCAUGCUGAACUGAGAGCCAUUUUCUGAAAAAGCAACACCAUUAGAGCUACAAGCACACCCAGGCACACUUUUAAGUUUAAUCUGCAUAAGUAGCAGGUUUCCCAUCACUUUUUAAAGUCUAGACACUUAACAAAUAAACCACGCCCUGGCUCACAUCGUUGGACACUUCCAGCUGCCGCUAGCCUUUUUCCCAUAUCACUCACAGAAGGGAGGCCCAUAACACACAGGCUCUGAUUCUGGAAGGCUGUCCACCUUUUCUGCUCCAGCCCUCCCUUAGACACAUGGAGAUUAUACAGUAUAUUCCUCUUCUUUAAAGCAGUAGAAAUGGGACAGCGAGGUAGCACAGUGGAUAGAGUGUCAGGCCUGGAAUCAAGAGGACUUAGGGUCAAAUCUGGCCUCAGACACUUUCUAGCUGUGUGACCCUGGGCAAGCCACUUAACCCUGAUUUCCUGGAGGAAUAAAUGGCACCUUCUUCUCACCCUUCCAAAUAAGGGCAAAGCAGUAGGAGCCCCUAUCCCAACCCAGGACUGAUGCUUAUUCCCUUCCUACUUUGGGCCUCAUUUCUCUGAGAGAAGUCUCAGAGCCUCCCUACACCCUUUAAGGGGGCAAAAGGGAACCUCCCCUAGUACCAAAUGAAGAUGCAGUGAGAGAAAAUACUUUAUACAAUCUCUCUCAUAUUUUCCUAAGCUUUGUCCCAGAUGCUGAGAGAGGGAGAGAGACAGAGACAGAGGAGGAGGGAGGGAGGGAGAGAGAGAGUCGAGAGAGACAGAGAGAGAGAGAGAGUCAAGAGAGAGAGAGAGAGAGAGACAGAGACAGAGACAGAGAGACAGAGAGAGAGAGAGAGGAUAUUUUCCCAUGUCUGUAAUCCUACAGUAGAAAUUGCUAACACCAUCUCUUUUUAGAAAUUAUUGUGAUAGGGCAGCCAGAUUGCUCAGUGGAUAAAGAACCAGACCUGAAGAUGGGAGGUCUUGGCUUCAGAUCUGGCCCUGGAAAAGUCACUUAAUCACAAUUGCCCAGCCCUUAAAUGCUCUUCUGCCUUAAAACUGAUACUUAAUAUGGAUUUUUUUUGGUGGUUGUUUUUUUAACUCUUGCCUUUUGUCUUAGAAUCUUAAGAAUUAAGGGCUAGGCAGUGGGGGUUAAGUGACUUGCCAUGGGGCACACAGCUAGGAAGUAUCUGAAGCCAGCUUUGCUCUAGGCCUAGCUUUCAGUCUUAUGAACUACCUAGCUGCUUCUGCCACAAGAACUUUUUAAGUAGUUGUGAUAAAUCCUGACUCAAGAGUUAAAAACAAAAGAAUUCCUAUGAAGAGGAAUACUUUCAAACUGAUCUCCCCAAAACUUGUGAAACCCCAUGAAUCCAGUCUCCUUGUAAAUUCUGCCCUCCUACACCAUCAGGCUCCAAGUCCAUGACUCUGGCCUCUUCUCCCACUCAAACAUCUUUUGUUCCCAGUACCCAGGGAAGGAGAGGCUGUUCUAGGCACUACAACUCUUAUGACUCAGUAGGGAUCAGCCAAUGGGGAGGGGGGGAGAGAGAGAGAGAGAGAGAGAGAGAGAGAGAGAGAGAGAGAGAGAGAGAGAGAGAGAGAGAGAGAGAGAGAGAGAGAGAGAGAGAACACUAGAGUAGGGCAGUUGCUUGAGAGAUAGGUGGGCCUCCACCCUACAACUGGGGUCGAGUUGAUGUCGGUGCCAUACUAAGUCACUGUCUCUGUCAUGUUGCCCAUCUGUGUGUCAGAAGGUCUGAGUUGCUCCUUCUCCAUUGUCCCUCUCCCUAAUUCCCUCCUUCCUUCGCUUUCAAUUCCCUCUGGAUGCCAUGGUCGCCUGCUUGGGUUGCAUCUUGGUUUGGGGGCUCUGCUGGGUUGGGGGGCUCUCAAAGACAGGCUCUCCCAACACCAAGACAUCUAGAGAUGGAGCAUGGGCAGGAAUGCUAAGGCCUGGCCUGCCCUCUGCAUGUUGCUGGUGCUUUGUGGAAUGACCUGGCUCCAUUCUUCCUCCCCUUUCCCACUCCCUAUACCAUCCGCUGUGCUUCUUGCUUCUUCCUUACCCCCGCAGGUGCCCUGGCGGUGCCUGGGCAGCACUGGGUAUUAUCACCAGCCCUUCUGUGAUGGUUAUGUUACCCUAGGACUGGUCUUAUAUAGACUUAGUCUAUCUUUGCUUGAGAAGGCAGCUGCCUCUUCCUACCAGCUGGGUUCUAGUAGAAAGAAUACUGGGCUCAGAGUGGGAAAAACCUGUGUUCAAGUCUUGUCUCUGCUUCGUGUGACCUGAGCUAAUUACGUAGUUUUUCUUGUGUGUCAGUGUUCUUUUCUGUAAAAUGGAGAUGAUCCUUCUUGGAGAAUAUUUAUAGGAACAAAAUGAAAUAAUAGCCCCAAAAGCACUUUGGUUACAAACACAUUGUAAGAUUGCUGUAGAUGAAUGGAUUUGCUUUAUUCUUGGUGAAGGAGUUUCUCCUUGAAAGCUUCUCAUUGCUUAAGGGGCUCCUCCUCUUUACAUAUGCACAGGGAACCCCAUUGCCCUUGGCUUCGUGUUAUUUUCCACAAUUCUGUGAUAUGGAAUCUUACUUGGGUAUGUGCAAGGAACGACUGAGAACCAGCCAGACUGGGAAUUUACAAGGAGACUGGAGUAGCCGUUGGUGGUCACAGGAUUAGGCUUCAUUGGGGGUAUUCUCCCUUGUAUACUACUAUUCCCCACAUGGGUGACAGCCUGCAGACAUCACAAGUCAUGCAAAAAACACUCAUAGAAGGUCCCUGUGCCAGCUGUGGGCUUCCUAUCUAUCUCUAUGGUCACUUUUUCUCUGUGCCCAGACUCCUUGAAUGCCCAUUCACCCAUCACAAAGUAAUGUAAUCUGGGGAUGCCUCCAUGGCUCUGAAGAACAAUGGUUUAAUUCAGGAGUUUCCAUUUUAUUAGUGGUUUCCUUUGACCCAGAGCUGCUCACAGAUAACAAAAUGGCCUGUUAUAAACAUGGCUCCAUCUUUUGUACCCAUUCAGCAGAGAUAUAGUUGAAGACUCAGGAAGAAAAGAGGAAGGGAAAAACAGAGAUCCUAAUAACUCUGUAAGAAAUCAUCAUUCUUGGGUCAUACAAGAGACAGAUGUAGAUUUGACCUUAGAGCCCACUGCUGGGUAAGAACAGGAGGUUUUUUAGGUAGGUUCCCCCGCCCCCCCCCCCCCAUCUUCUCAGAGUAGAGUUUUAGCCUAUAGCUAGGGAGCUUGGAUUGUAUCCUUGAGACUUCCACCCAUCCACCCACCUACCAUCCAUCCAUCCAUCCAUCCAUCCAUCCAUCCAUCCAUUGAUCCAUUGAUCCAUCCAUCUAGCCAGCCAGCCAGCCAGUCAGCCAGCAAGUGUUUACUAGUCCCACAGCAGCUCUUACCGCAUGAUCUUGUAACAGUUGGGAGAGUCAAGUUAAGACUCCAUUCUUUUAGCCUCUGAAGCAUAGAAGGUUCCAGAGUCAUCUGUAUUUAACUCUGUGGGAGUUAAUCUUGUCCUACUUCCUCUACCCUUCUAUAAAUCUGCUUGUCAAUGGCUUAAUGGAGGGAGGGAGUUGGGGUUUCUGUUCUCAUUUGUUUGAUUUUUCUCUCAUAGACCUGAUACAUUCUCCUUUUAUCUAAUUUGGGGGCCUUUCCUUUCAUACAUUGUUUAGGGGGUGUCAUUUUUGAUAGACUUCUGGAGACUUGCAUGCAGCCUUGGACUCCUUUCCUCCCAGGCCUAUGAUGUCUCAUUGUGGGUCCAUCGUCCUCUUGCUUGGGAGCAGUCUCUGUGGCCACCAGAAGAGACACCUUGUUCCUGCCUUGGAGAUCCAAUUUCUCCCACCCCAUUUUCAUAGAGCCUGAGAAAACCAGGUCUGAAAGAGACUAUAGAACUAUCCAGCCAAUUCUACCACUUCCCAGUAGUAGGAUCUGAACACAUAAUCUCAGUCCCCUAGUUCAUUCCCUAGUCUUAAAAUCCCCUAGUCAUUGAUCUGGAGGCAUCCACUUCACCCUCAACCUGCCAGUAGAAAACCUGAAAGUAGACCUGCCAGUUGGAAAGUGUUUGUCCAAGGUUUCUCCUCUGUGUGUGUGUGUGGUUUUUUUUUUUUUUAAGACUUGGGUUUACUUAUUAAUUCUUCAUCUCAAAUCAUACCAAGGGACAUUUUCAUGUCUCCUUUCUUUCCAGUAGCCCCUAUGGCAUCUAACCUUUCCUUUUUCUAAAUGCCCCUCCAUUAGCCUUGACAAAAGCCCAAUUUCCUAUGUGGAAUAUCAAUUUUCAAUAUGGUCCCAUCACCUUCUCUUUGCCAGCAGCUAUUUCUUAAACCUUACUUCAACAUUGGUGACAUCCUGUUUGCUUUAAAAAAUGGAAUCCUUUGAUCUUUCCACAUGGCCAAAAAUGUUCUAUUCCCUGGAGAGCCUCCAGAAGAGAAUGGGUGACUGUCUAGUCCAUGACUUUCCUCCUGCCUGAAGGUGAACAAAUUUGAUUCCCUUAACCAUAAGAGGUUUCUAGUUUUUGGUCUUUCUCUGCAGGCUGGCAUAUAUGACAGAGGAAGAGGCUGGAGAGAACUGCUAGGUAUUAGAACUUCAUCGAAGCCCUUAGUCUAGUGUGAAAUGAGCAAACCAGUGGGAAGAGGGAUUUCUUGGGGCAUUAGCUGACAGUUGUGUACUGCUUAGAAGAAAUUUCCAUAGUGGAUUGGUGGGGGAGAUAUCUCCUAAGAGUCUUUCCAUUUUUCUAUUUGUGAUGAGCUCUUUUUUAGGAAUAAUUCCAGGAGGCACCUGGAGAAUAUGGAAGAGUCCUCUCUUCCAUGAACCUAACCACUCUGGAAAUUUGACCUUCAUACUCAAAUCGUGCUUCAGAUGAUAGGACAUGAGUUCCUUUGCCUACAAACUUCCCCAUGUCCUCCACUCUGGGACCAUGUCAUAGGAUGCUAAGAUCCAGGGCUGGAAAGGACCUCAAAGUUCAUCUUAUUCAGUUCCCCCUUUUGUGGAUGAGGGAACUUAGGCCCAGAGCAUUUAAGUUACUUGCCCUAAUGUGACAUAGAAUUAUAGAUAAUAGACCAGAGAUUUUAAUCCAAGCCUUCUGACUACAUGUCUGUGACAAUCUCUUCUCCUCUCCUCUGGGAAGUCCUAGGAAUACCCGAGACUUCUUUUGAAAACUUUGAUUCUAGAUUCAAAUUUGAGUUUACUCUUUGGAGUAAGGAUUUGUAAUCUUUUUGUAUGUGUCAUGUAUACACAAUAUGGCAAUCUGGUGCAGUCUAUGACCCCCUUCUCAGAAUAAUGUUCUUAAAUGUAUUAAGUAAAAUAUAUAGAAUUAUGAAAGAAACCAAUUAUGUCAAAAUACCAUUGUCAGAAUACUUUCAAUGUUCAUAGACCCCAAGUUAAGAACCCCUGCUUUAAGAAUGAUUUCACCUCUCUCAAAAAGAAACAUGAAAAGUAAGCCUGGGGUAAUUAGCAUGGAGUCACUAGUUCUAGGAAGCAGAGAACUUAAGACUCUAGACUGAGUUUUGCCAUUUACUGGUUUUGACCUUUGGGCAAAUCCUUAAACUCUGGCUUCAAUUUCUUUCUUUGUAAAAUCAAAGAGGAGGUGAUAAGAGAGAUGGUCUCUCAAAUCCCUUCCAUCUUCAAUAUUUUUAUGUAAUUCUAGGACUUGUUCAGCAUUGCUGGAUGUUUGCAAGGCACCUCUUCCCCAGUCUGAAAUCAAGGUCUCUGGAGAGCUGCCUGAAACCAGAUGGCAGAAGGAAUGUUCCCCUCCUUUGGUUUAGGGGCCAGAGCCAUUAUUUCCUCUUGGGCAGACUUACUGCUGCAGGAGGUGAAUUGUAUCUGACCAGUUUCUUCUACAUCGAUGUCAACAACCCAGUACUUGAAGAGAGCGAUAGGCAGACACAACACAAACAGGAGACAAAGAAGAACAGAGAUAGAGAAGAGAGAGACAGAGAGAAGGGAGAGAGAAAAGAGAAAGAACGACAGACAUAGAUAUAGAGACACAGAAAGAGAAAGGCCAAGAGAAAAGGGAGAUAUAGAUGGACAGAGACAGAGAGAAAGAAAAGAGUCAGAGAGACCAAGAGAGAAGAGAGAGACAGAGAAAGAAGGAAUUCAAAGACAGAUAAAAGAGGGAGACAGAAAGAGAAAGGAGACAGAGACAAGAGAGAAGGGAGAGAGAAAGAAAGAGAUCUAGUGGGAAUGAAGUAGCUUCUGUGGGUCCUUGCCAUAGGGCACCAGGGUCCAUCUUUCAUUUUGGAGAUAGAAUGUGGCUUUGUUUUUGUUCUUCAGGUUUGGAGAUUGAGAAUUGUCUUCUAGAGAAGCAUCUUGGCCUAGUGGAUAGAGAACUAAACUUGGAAUGAGGAAAACAUGAGUUCAUUUACUACCUUUGGUAUUUAUUGGUUGUGUGACCCUGGACCAGUCAUUGGAUUUCUCAGUGCUCUUGUCAGUUCUCUGAUAUGAUAAGUCACAGAGAAGGUGCCAGCCUUUGUUGGUAGAAGGAGUGGAUUUGUCUUCUAGUUUCCUAUACAAAUAAAAUUGCUAAUUGAGACCAGAAAAGGAACAACCAACGAAAACUGUCCUGAUUCUCAGAAUUCCCAUUCUGGUCCCAGAAUUUAAGGAUGGAAGCCAAGAAAGGGGAUCCCCCCUUUGUUGUGGCUAGCAGGUGACUUUUGAUUAAGAGCAUUUCUCAUGCUGGUUGCCCUCCUUUGGGUCUUCCAAAUGGAGGCUGAUACCUAGAGAGGAGGGCAGAGGAAUGGCCUGGGAGGGAUACCCAAGAGUGGUUCAGAGGAGGGUGAUGGAUGUGCUGCUCUGGCCCUUGGGUGGGCCGUUUUGUUUCCCCGGAUCAGGAGAAAUUGGGUCUCUGGAAAUCCAAGGCUGAUGACACUGACACAAGCUGAGCUUGCUCCGGACACGUGUUCCCUCCCAACAGAGCUAUCUUGACACUGAUCCUUUUUUUUUGUUUGUUUGUUUGUUUGUUUUGUGUCUU